GUUGGACAGACUCUUCAGUCUCUGUGCUGUGGAAGUCGAUGCACAGGCACUUGCAACGUCUGCAACGAUGGCUUCGUCCUCACUCCUGUCGCGCCUGGGCGCAAAACAGGUGAUCGAGCGGUCGGCGGCGGGUCCUUCAGGCUCGUGCCUGCGGUGCCAAGCGUCAGCGUUCAGUUCCACUGCAAAGGUGCAAGAGUCCAAACGCAAGCGAGCCGCACGUAUCAAGCGACGGGAGAAUCUGGAGCAGAGGCAGCUCAAGAAGACCUUGUUGGAACGCUCCAAACCCGAUCCUGUGCUCGGACAUCAGCUCAAUGAUGAGGGGAAAGCACUCUGGGACAUGUCGGAGCUGAAGCAGCUGCUCUUGGAAAAGGAAAAGGUGUGGUCUGGCGAAGCAGGCACACCAACGACGGCCCCGUCCACUUCCGCUGAAGAUCGCCAGCUCGGACCGAGUUUGCUUAACUUUGGCCUCCAAAACUCGGAUCGGAAGCUUCUAUUUGAAGACCUUCCACAGAUCAUGGUGGAGGACAGGCUACUCGACUCUCCUGCGGCAGCUGUUACGCAUGGCAGCGACAUGCUGAAAAUGGAGGAGACCUUGCUCAAGUACGAGGCGGAAGAGCAGAGCAGUGUAGAUGUCUUGUCCAGGAUCCUUGAUCUACGAAAUGCUAGCGGUAAGGGCAUUCAGGUGGAGAACACGAGGAGGAUCGUAAAGGCUUUUGGGAGGCCUCCGGCCAAGGCAGACACGGGCAGCCCAGAGGUGCAAGCCGCUAUCCUAACAUAUCGCAUACGCAAUCUUGCGGAUCAUCUGGGCAAGGCACGGCAUGACAACUCCAAUCGGCGAGCCAUGAAUAUUCUCGUCCAUCAGCGUGCAAAGGUUCUCAAGUAUUUGAAGCGGUGCAGCCCCCAGCGAUACUCUGACGUCUUGCCGCGUCUAGGGCUAGAUCCGCGUGCUGUUGAGGGCGAGAUCACGCUUCCGGGUAAACCGAAGAUUGCCACUAGGUAGUUCCUUCAUGUUGUGUAUACCGACGACAGAUACGGAUCAAGAUGCAUUGCAUGGUCGCACAAACAAAACAAAACUGAGCAAGUCAAAUGACCUUCUGCUUCCGGGAAAAGAGAGACCGGCUCUCGACCUGCACCUGGCAGGAAUAAAGGACGAUAAGCUCCCGCCCUAGAUGUAAUAAUCCUUGGAACUGCGAAUGCUGCCGCCACGGAUGGCUGCCAAGU